CAAAUAUUUUCAAAACUGGCUUAUAGCAACGUUGGGAAAACGAAAAUAACCGGAUUAGAUUUCUAGGCAGUCAUAUCUUAGAAAGAUGGCUACAACCGACAAUGAAUACUACUGGCGAAUAUAUCUUCUUCAUCACGAAGGAAGUACCCUAAUUUCAAAACAGGUGAUUUCAAGAGAGGUUGUAAAAUGUGGAGACGAUAUAGAUAGUCUUCUGUUGAAAAACAAACAACGAUUAAACAAAAUUGUAAGUACCUCAGAAGCAGAUAUAUUAUUUCCAAAAUGCAAGAAGACAGAUACUGAACAAUGGGAAGCAGAUCUUUUCCCACGUGUUAUUUUAACCUUGUUUAGCAAAACAUUACCGCAGACUGAAAGGCAGCAUAUACGGGGUAUUCAAAAUGUGCAAAAAGAGUUCGCAAGUUUGCCUGAGCCAUCCUUGGAUCCUGAAACAUAUGGCGACCUUACAGAAUCUCUGUCAAAAGCACUUCGAGAAUUAGCUCGAGCACUCAGCAAGGGAAUGGAGACCAAAAUCACUGAGUUGGUAAAUGAUUAUAUCAACCAGCCGUUUAAUGUCGCAGACAUGCUUAACAAUAUUCAGAAAUUCAAUUUGCGGAAGAAUAUAGAGCAGAAGCUAAAGAUAUAUCUAGUAGAGCGUAUGUCUGUGAGUGAAGAGGAGACAGGUGCCGGCGUAAAUGAAACAUCUCAAGAUGCAUCUCCGCCUGCCAAAAUAGAAAUAGCCAGAGUUGACGUAUCUGAAGGGACGCGUGACGCCCAUCCGUCUUUGAGUAAUGAAAUUACAAGUCCUGAUGUAUAUGAAAUUCCUCGAAAUACAGCCGAAGUCCAAACAGACACGCAUCUUGCUUCAGCAAAUAAACACGAAUUUGAAAACAAGUCUAGAGAUACUGAAGACCUUUCUUGUGGCGGUAAAGACGAUGCUAAAGAUUGUGCAAACCCUAAAUUGGGAAAUGGAGGAAGCAGCGAAAUAGUAAUUUAUGCACGAGAAAGUUUGCCAGCACAGGAAAUACGCCACGAAAUUCGACAAAUGCCACACACUGAUUUGGGGAAGAACCUGAAUGAUAAGGACAUUACAAAGAUGGUUACUGAUAAAUUAAAACAAAUGGGAGCGUGA